UCAUAAAAUGAGCAAUCACUCUUCUGCACUGUUCACUCUCCUCCUUCACUGUUUCCUGCUUCCAUCUCUACUGACACAGUAGCACAGAAGCUCUUCACCAUGGGGAACUUUGCUGCCAACGAGGGACUCUCCAUCUUUGUUAUUCUGGUUUGGCUCGGCAUCAAUGCGUUCCUGUUUGUCCAUUUCUACAUGGCCUUCCUGGUGGACCGAUGGUUCUACACCAGGGUUCUGCUCGGGCAAGCUCUGUCCUGGGCCAGAGCUCCGGCCGCCUGCCUCAACUUCAACUGUAUGCUCAUCCUGCUGCCGGUCUGCAGAAACCUGCUCUCCUUCCUCCGUGGUACCAUCCAGUGCUGCAGCCGAACAGCAGCUCGACAGCUGGAUCGAAACAUCACGUUUCACAAGCUGGUGGCUUACAUGAUCGCCUUCCAUACAGCCGUGCACAUCAUUGCACACUUGUUUAACUUUGAGUUUUUCAUGGACGCCCAGCUGAAUCGCAACAGCAGCUACCUGCCCUUCAUCCUGUCUGAAAUCGGCAACAACGGGGACAACUUGUCCUACCUGAACCCGAUCAGGACCAACGAGACGAACCCUACCAUCGUCAUGUUCACCACCAUCGCCGGGCUGACGGGCGUGGCCAUCACGCUGGCCCUCAUCCUCAUCAUCACCUCGUCCAUGGAGGUCAUCCGAAGGUCGUACUUCGAGGUGUUCUGGUACACACACCACCUCUUCAUCAUCUUCUUCAUCGGACUGGUGUUCCACGGCUACGGGAGGAUCGUGAGAGGACAGACGGCCGCUAGUCAGAAAACAAACAUCCCGACGGAAUGUGCCGACCAGUUUGAGGACUGGGGGAACAACGGCUCCAGCUGUGCCGUCCCACUGUUUGCUGGGAACCCUCCGGGGACGUGGAAGUGGGUGGUCGGGCCCAUGAUCCUGUACGUGUGCGAGAGGCUGGUCCGCUUCUAUCGGUCCCACCAGAAGGUGGUCAUCACCAAGGUGGUGAUGCAUCCCUCCAAGACCCUGGAGCUGCAGAUGAAGAGGAAGGGCUUCCACAUGGAGGUGGGUCAGUACGUCUUCAUCCAGUGCCCCUCCGUCUCCAGGCUGGAGUGGCACCCCUUCACCCUGACCUCCGCCCCCGAGGAGGACUACUUCAGCGCCCACAUCCGCAUCGUCGGGGACUGGACCCAGGCGCUGUACGAGGCCUGCGUAGGAGACAAGACCGAGACCCAGGAGGCCUGGAAGCUGCCCAAGCUGGCCAUCGACGGGCCGUUUGGAACCGCCAGUGAAGACGUGUUUCGUUACGAGGUCGUGAUGCUGGUCGGCGCCGGAAUCGGGGUGACUCCGUUCGCCUCCAUCCUCAAGUCUGUGUGGUACAAACGCAUCCAGAACAACCAGGACGUCUUCACCAAGAAGAUCUACUUCUACUGGCUCUGCCCGGAGACGCAGGCCUUUGAGUGGUUCGCCGACCUGCUUCAGUCUCUGGAGGGUCAGAUGGCGGAGAAAGGCGUGACGGACUUCCUGAGCUACAACAUCUACCUCACCCGCUGGAAGGACACCGAGGCCGCUCACUUCCGUGUUCACCACGAGGCGGAGAACGAUCCAAUCACAGGCCUCAAACAGAAAACGCUCUACGGGAAACCCAACUGGGACAACGAGUUCAGCAGCAUCGCUACAAAGCACCCAGGAACCAAAGUGGGCGUUUUCCUGUGCGGCCCUCCUCAGCUGGGGAAAUCUCUGGAGAAACAGUGUCUGUCUCACUCGGAGGCCGACGUCAAGUUCAUCUUCAACACAGAGAACUUCUGAGAACCAGCAGAGGAACCGAGGAACGUCCCAAGUACUGAGACAAACUGUUCAGUGUCCACAUCAUACACUGUGUUUUUGAUGCUUUAGUGCAGCUGUCCCCACUGGCAGCUCGUCUCCGAUCUCCUCUUCGCUGCUCACCACAGACGUUUUGCAAAAACGCUUUUCUUGCUCCAAAAUGGAGGAAACAACUCUGCGGUAUUUUUCCACUUCUACCUUGUUCUCCUUUUGUGUUACAUCAAUGAGUGAGUGAAACUCUGCUGCUUUCAAAACUCUGCUUCCUAUUUUCAUCUAGUUUUUCUGUUCGUCCAUGUCAGAGGAGGACAAGGUCACGUAUUUCUAAGAAGCAGAAAUACUUCAUGGUUCAAACCGCUGCAUUGCCCUUGAGCAAGGCAGCAAAGCUUUGUAUGCAACGCUAAACAACAAAGAGAGCAGCAUUAUUACAAAACUCCUUAAUGCUUUCUGCUUUUAUGUUGCUUUUCUAUUUAAGUUUUCACUUUUAUAUUCAGCUUCUUUGGCAGGAUUCGAGAAAAUACUGUUCAUGAAGAAGUUUUUAUACAUAAGAGUGUAUUUCUUUUGUUUGUAAGUUGUUCAGAAAAUGACAAACAAGCAGCCUUCUGGUUACAUUGUGUGAUAAAUGUUAUUAUUUUUAUUUAAAUUGUACCAGAAUAAAUGAAAGUGUGGAUGCUAAGAAAACAUGUGAUGGGUUUUGAAUAUCUUUGAGUUGUAUGUGAGAACUUCACCAAUCACAGUAUUUUUUGUCAGCUUUGUGUAUCUUUUCACAUCCAGGUUUAAGUGUAUUUUUCUUUUUCCGAUAAUAAACUUGAACUUUCAGAAA